AUGGGAAGCAAAGGCUCACUCACGUUCCUUCUUACGAUAACGCUCAUAUCAGCAAAGUGCAUUAUUGAUACCACAGCUGAGGAAAGUGAAGUUGAAAUCCAAACAAGACUUGGAAAUGUAUUAGGAGUACGGCACAGCACUUUCAUGAAUAAGGGAACAAUUUAUAAAUUUCUCGAUAUACCAUAUGGUAAAGCCCCGGUAGGUCAUUUACGGUUUCAAAAACCUCAGCAUUUUGGAGCUUGGUCAAAGACCCUUAAUGCAACGACACUAGGCCCUGUUUGUUAUCAAUCACAAAACCAGUCAACAACAUAUCCAGGAUUUACUGAAGAUUGUCUCAAGUUAAAUAUUUACGUCCCAAAUGAUAUAAACUCUUCAAACAGCAAAUCAGUUAUGGUUUGGUUUCAUGGGGGUGCAUUUAUAUCCGGUUCCGGAGGCAUGUAUGAUGGAAGUAUGCUUUCUCUAGUAGGAGAUGUGAUUAUAGUGACAAUAAAUUAUCGUCUGGGAAUAUUUGGAUUCUUUGCUUCGAGAAAUAACAAGGCAAAAGGAAAUGCCGGGCUUUGGGACCAGAAAAUGGCUCUAAACUGGAUAAGAUAUAACAUAAAAGACUAUGGCGGAAAUCCUGAUGAUAUAACAAUAUUUGGGGAAUCAGCUGGAGGAUCCAGUGUGUCCUUCCAAUCUUUAAUACCUAGCAACAGAGGACUUUUUCACAGAGUAAUUGCUCAAAGUGGAACUGCCAAUUCUUACCUUGCAGUAUCCAAUGCAACAAUAUCUACCAUUGCAGUUGGCAAAAAAGUUGGUUGUACUCACGAUUACCACUCAGGGAAUGAUCAUAACUUUAUUGAAUGCUUAAAAGCUGUAGAUGCAAUUGAUCUUGUAAAAGCAAUGGAUAUAGUUUGGAUGGACUUAGAAUUGAACGCUCUUGUAACACUUCCUUUUUCCCCGACAGUUGACGGUGAACUCAUUCGUAAGGAUCCAAUUCAUUUACUGACAGACAGGUCGUCACCAGAAUUCAACUUUUUUCAAUCACUGGACAUGAUGAUUGGAAUUUGUGAUAAUGACGGUUCCCUGGCAAUGAGCUUCUUACCUUUUUAUCAAUCAAAAUUAAACUUUAAUUUCAGUGAAGGUGUACCAACAAGUGAGUUGUGCAAUGCUAUCGUACCUGUAUUCUCAAAAUCUUUAUACAACAGCAGUGGCGAUGUUUCAAAUGCAAUUUGCAGGAAGUACUCUACAGUAAACAACAUUGAAGAACAAGGUCGAGAAUUUUUGCACAUGUACGGUGACGCUACGUUUAUUGCCCCUGCAGCACUUGCUCUAGAAUAUCAUGCAAAUAGUAUUCAGGGAACAACAACAUAUCAGUUCGUGUUUUCCGAUGAAUUACCUUCAAUUAAUCCCUUAGCACCUUCAUGGUAUCGUGGAUCUGCGCAUGCAACUGAUGUCUUUUACUUAUUUUUUUAUGAACAAGUUAAAACAAUCUAUGACUGGCCCAAAGGAGCUGACGUAUUAGUGAACCGGAUGAGACAAUACUGGACCAACUUUGCAAAGACUGGGAACCCUAACGGACAAGGUUUGCCAAACUGGAAUCCAUUUGAUGACAGCCCGUCACGUCCAUACAUGAGCCUCCAAUCCUUGAUGACAUCAAUGAGCACAAGUUACAGGAAAUCCUAUAUAGAUUUCUGGAAUAAUGGUUUGCCUAACAUACUGCAAAAUGGAUGUAACCCUAAAAGUUGUAUUAUGCCAGUUGUUGGUUAA